AUGGGAGGAGAGAAGAGGAAAUCUAGUUUCAAAAACCUAGCUAAUGCAAAGAAGAGGAGAUCAGGACCUCACUUACCGAACUCAAUACUCAAAAUCAUUGCUAAUGAGAAACGUCUUUUGAAAUCUAACGAUGAGAUUGAUUCCGAUGAGUGCGAUUUGUACGAGUACGAAGAAGGUGUGCCUGAAGAGGAAUCCCGGAAAAACAACCGUUACGACCCCGUUGACAACUACGACUUCGUCCUUCCCAAAAACUUCAAGGAUGAAAACGUGGAGUCAGAAGAUGAUGAUGAUGAUGAUGAUGAUGAUGAUGAUGAUAGACACCCACGGAUGUUGGAAGCUGUCACUGGAAUGCCAAGUGCAGCCUUUCAAGGAGAGAGUAAGAGAAAACAUGUACUCUUUACUGAACCAUAUCCAGAGUCUGAAUUCAAUCCUACCCGUGAUGUUCUAGAGGGUAAAUCCCUCAUCACAAUGGAACACCUUUUAGAGCCUCUUCAAGGAAAACCUGGAUCUAGCGAACUAUGCGAGAGGGUCUCCCGGAUGGCAAAAGAUAGUCAAUCUCUUGUUCAUGCUCCUCAGCCAAAGCCAGAGCGAGAAAGACUGGAACGGAGUGUAGUGAAAGGACAAGUUGACAAGGAGUUAAGUAAGUGGGUGCCUCUGGUAAAGAGGGAUAGGGAGGCACCAACUGUUUACUUUAACCAAGAUAUCAAUGUUGGAUACUCUACGGUUGGUGCAAUAGCAUCACAAUUUCAGCCUAGGAAUGAAUUUGAGACGAGAAUGGCUUCUCUAUUAGACGAUGAUGAGGUUAGGGAGGCUCACAAAGAAGAUGGCUCUAGGCUUCUUGAAUUGAACGAGGUAUCUAUGGAAGAUCACAUCAAGAAACGUGACCACAUUGCUAAGAUGAGGAGCAUGCUCUUCCGUGUUGACCUGAAAAGCAAAAGAAUCAAGAAAAUUAAGUCUAAAACUUAUCAUCGCCUUAAAAACAAAGACCUGAAUAAAUCAGGGGUUGGAGCAUUGAUGGACCCUGAAAUGGCUAAAGAAGAGGCUAAGAAGCAGGAGAUUAGACGAGUAGAGGAACGUAUGACUUUAAAGCACAAAAACGCAGGAAAAUGGGCCAAACGCAUGCUAAGGCUUGGACUGAAUAGGAAAUACGAUGGAACUCGGGCAGCUAUAUCUGAACAACUUCAGAUUAAUGCUAUUUUGUCCAGAAAGAUGAACUCCACAAAAGAUGAAAGUAGUAGUGAUGAGAGCGAUGCAGAGUUAAAUGAUGGUUCAGAUGAGGAUGCUUCUGAACUGAUAGCGAAAGCAAAGGAGAAGAUACUUAAAAGUGUGGAAGAUGAUGAAGCCCCCAAUUCUGGUCUUAUGUCAUUACCUUUCAUGGCUCGGGCUGUGAAAAAGAAAAACCAGGAAGCUAAAGAAGAAGCUAAACGUGCAAUUGAGGAGUAUGAAGAGUUGGAGAACAAUGGUGGUGUAGAAAACUCUAAAAAGUCCACUAAUGUUGUUGGUGGUAGAAGAGUAUUUGGGGCAAAAGCUCCAAAAGAGUCUAAAAAGGAAUCAGACAACUUUUUUGAUAACAGUGAUAGUAGUGAAAAUGAUAUGGAAGAUAAUGACUCAGAGGCUGUAAAAGAUGAUAAUGCUUCUUCACUUGCUAGAAACACUGAAACCAUUAUGGUACCUUUCGAUGAUUCAGAGAGUGAAGCAGAGGAAAUGGUUGAUGGGAUUUUGACAUGUGGUUCAAAGGAAACCUAUGAGAUUCCUUGUCAAGCAGAGCUUAUAAGCCGUGCCUUUGCUUGUGAUGACGUUGAUGGUGAGUUUGAGAAGGAUAAGCAAGAGGUACUAAAUCAGGAAGUUCCUGAACCCGAGAAACCGGUUCUAGUUCCUGGUUGGGGACAAUGGACCAAUAUCCAAAACAAGAGAGGUUUACCUCAAAGGAUGGUUAGAGAACACGAAGAUGACAUGAGAAGGAGAGAGCAAGCUCUCAAGUCAAGGAAAGACGCUCGUCUCGGACAUGUUAUCAUAUCAGAAAAAGUCGAUAAAAAGGCUGAGAAACUUCAUACAAAGAGUAUACCUUUCCCUUACACAUCCAAGGAAGUUUUCGAACAUAGUAUGCUUAGGCCUAUCGGACCCGAGUUUAAUCCCACAACCAUUAUUGGAGAGCUUAACCGACCUGAGGUUGUGAAGAAAGCUGGGGUGAUCAUGAAACCUCUCAAGUUUAAGGAAGUAGAUGCGAAUGAGACAGUAGAGGAAGAACACCCUCGUGGCCAUUAGAAACAUAAACCCAAAAAGGGUAGUAAUAAGUCUAAGUAA